AUGAUUCCACAAGAAAUUGGAAAUCUUGUUAAUUUGGCAGAGUUAGCCAUGGAGAUAAACCAGAUUACCGGCCUUGUCCCGAUCUCCAUAUUAAAUAUCUCAUCACUGCAACUUUUUUCACUGUCGAUGAACAACUUUAGUGGAUUCUUACCACAGGAAAUUAGCAACUUAACCAAGAUGCAGAAUCUACAGAUUGGUGACAAUAAGCUUAUCGCUGAAAUACCCAAAGAGAUAAGCAAUCUUGUUGAGUUGGAGGUACUUGAUCUUUCGGGCAAUAGUUUUAGUGGUUCACUUGAUAUGGAGAUCUUCAACAUAUCAGGGGUGAGAGUGAUUUCUAUUUCAAACAAUAAUCUAUCGGGAAGCCUCCCACCAAACAUGUGUUCUCUCUUACCCAACAUUGAAAAGUUUUAUAUGAACGACUUAACCAAUCUUGUUGGGACUAUUCCUCAUUCUAUCUCCAAUUGUUCAGAACUUGCUAUUCUAGAGCUUUCUAACUACCAACUCAGUGGCUUGAUUCCCAAUUCUCUUGGACAUUUGGCUCAUCUACAGUUCCUAAACUUGGAGAGAAACAAUUUAACAAGUGAUUCAACGUUAAGCUUUCUGACUUCCUUAACCAGUUGCAGAAAUUUAACAUUUCUAUCUGUAUAUUUGAAUCCUCUAAACGGCAUGCUUCCUGCCUCCACGGGGAACCUUUCCACCUCUCUUAGAACAUUUGUUGCCGACAUUGGCAGAAUCAAAGGGCAAAUUCCUAAUGAGGUUGGGAAUUUAAGCAGCUUAUUAGACCUUAGCCUUUCUGGAAACAACUUGGUCGGAUCGAUUCCAACAUCAAUUGGCAAUUUGAGAGACCUUCAGCGGUUCAACUUGAGUAGCAACAAAUUUACAGGAUAUAUUGGAGAUCAUAUAUGUAAAUAG